AUGUUCAAAAAUACGUUUCAGAGCGGCUUUUUGUCCAUUUUGUACAGUAUCGGUUCAAAGCCGCUCCAAAUCUGGGACAAGAAAGUGCGAAACGGACACAUCAAGCGCAUCACUGACAACGACAUCCAGUCGCUUGUGCUCGAGAUCGAAGGAACCAAUGUCUCCACCACCUAUAUCACAUGCCCUGCUGAUCCCAAAAAGACGCUGGGAAUUAAGCUACCCUUCCUUGUCAUGAUUAUCAAAAAUCUCAAGAAAUACUUCACUUUCGAAGUUCAGGUUUUGGAUGAUAAGAACGUGCGAAGACGAUUCCGAGCUAGCAACUACCAGUCGACCACUCGAGUUAAGCCCUUCAUCUGCACAAUGCCGAUGCGACUUGACGACGGCUGGAACCAGAUCCAGUUCAACCUUUCCGACUUCACCCGAAGAGCUUAUGGCACCAACUACAUCGAAACUCUCCGAGUCCAGAUUCACGCUAAUUGCCGAAUCCGACGAGUCUACUUCUCCGACCGACUUUACUCCGAGGACGAGCUGCCCGCCGAAUUCAAGCUCUACCUACCCGUACAGAACAAAGCGCAAAAGGCAUAA